CAGCAUUCACGUUUCACGUUUCACGAUCCUGCUUAUGAAUUUGUGAUUGCGCAGUGUGAAUCUCGCGACACAACAUCAACAAGCUUGAGCAUCGAUUCGAGCAAUCCCUGCAUAUCAUCGUCCGCCAUUUGGAGCAUCAUGGUUGGCAACAAGCGCAAGCGCAUCCCACUGCCGAGCGGAUCUUCCCACUCGCUCGGUCUGGGCAAAAAAUGGAAAAUGAGCGCCUUGCCAAGCGAAGCACUUUCAGGUCAAGGCAUGACCGACUCCGAUUUCUUCGAGAGCCUCUACGCUUCCUCUCAUCCUUCCCUCGUUCCCUCCAAGAAGCUCAAACACCUCAAAAAGCGAGGCAACGGUGAGCUUGAAGCGGACCCAGUGGAGGAUUUGGGAGCGGAUGUGGACGUGGGGGAGGAUUGGAUGGGAUUGGCAGAAAUGGAAGGUGUGCAGGUCAUCAGGGAGGGAAACACUGUCAGGCUCGUACCUGCUCAGUCAAAGGCGCACACUUCAACCGCUCCGCACGACGCCCAGAAAGGGACAAGCAAAAGUGAGGCGGGCCCAGAGGGCGAUGCAAACGCGGCCGCGCAAGCACUUGAUGCGCUCCAAGAGCAUCAAGGCGAUCUGGAUGAUCCGACUGCGGUGAGGAAUCCACCCGAGACCGAUAGCAGGGCCAAAGUGAGGAAGAUGAAAAAGAAGCAGGCAAAUAAACAAAAAGAGAAAAUCUCGACGCGCAAGGAUGUCGAGGCUGACGAGAGCGAUGUGGAGAGAGCAGAUGAGCAGGAAGAAGAGCCAGCAUAUAGUGCGGACUUCAAAUUACUUCCGGUCGAUGCCGAGGCGGAUAGUGACGGGAGGGUGAGCGCAGAAGAAGCAAAAGUGGAUGGUCCAUCCUCACCAACAGCAGCGGUGCUUCGGCACUGGUCGACCUUGCCCCUGCAUCCCAAGCUCGCAAUGGGCCUGCAUACACUCAAAUUUUUAUCCCCGACCGCCAUCCAGAAGGAAACGCUAGAAAUCUCGCUCCGAGAGUCUCAGCUUCGAGACGUCAUCGGUAUCGCGCAGACGGGGUCGGGCAAGACGCUCGCAUAUGCUCUGCCCGUUUUGCAGUGGGUCUUGAAGGUGCGAGAAGACGAAAGCGCUCGGAAGCAGGUAGAGGGCAAAGAGGCGGACUCGAUUGAAGAGGGAGACGUCAAAGGGUUGGCUGCGCUCAUCAUGUGUCCCACACGAGAGCUUGCGCUUCAAGUCUCUGCGCAUAUCAGAGCUCUCGUAAGCGCUUGUGGUGUAGCCGCGUGCGCGACGAAGAAGCCACUCCCUUUUGCCUCUCUAGCUACUCUCACUGGAGGCAUGUCCGAGGAAAAACAACGAAGACUGCUUAAUGUUGGAGAGAAUGGCGCGGAUAUAGUGGUGGCUACGCCUGGACGUCUUUGGGAUAUGUGCUCCAACGACGAUGAAUUGACGAUGAGGAUAAAGAAGACAAAAUUUUUGGUUGUGGACGAGGCGGAUAGGAUGAUAGAAGCGGGUCAUUUCAGAGAGAUGGAGCAUAUCCUCGGGUUGGUCAGGCGUCCGAAUGUGGAUCAUGACGAAGCGAGCGAUACAAGAUCGGAUAGCAGAGAAGAUAUGCAGACUUUCAUCUUCAGCGCCACUCUCUCUAAGGAGCUGCAACGCAAUUUAUCCAGAAAACAUAAAGCGGGCAAGGCAAGGAGAAGACAAGAAGCCUCGAGCACAAUGGAAGAUUUGUUGAGCCUAAUCGAUUUUAGGGAUGAAGACCCUCACAUCGUGGACCUCUCAUCUUCUCGAAGAAUAGCGAAAGAGAUUCGAGAAGCCAAGGUGGAGUGCUUGGGAGCGGAAAAGGACCUAUACCUGUACUACUUCCUGUGCAGGUAUCCUGGACGCUGCAUAGUGUUCUUGAACUCGAUCGACGGAAUAAGGAGGCUGAAACCUCUGCUGGCCAAUCUAGGGCUCGAUCCUCAAGUUCUGCACUCACAACUGCAGCAGAAGCAGAGAUUGAAAGCGUUGGACAGGUUCAAGGGUACUUCUGGCUCUUCAGGCCUAUCGGCCAACACUUCGGUGCUCCUCGCCACGGAUGUGGCUGCUAGAGGUCUGGACGUACCUGAUGUGGAUCACGUGGUGCACUACCAGCUUCCCAGAAGCGUCGAUGCCUUUGUGCAUAGAAGCGGAAGAACGGGAAGGGCGGGAAAGGAAGGCGUCAGCAUUGUGCUGGUCGAACCGAAGGAGAAACGACUGUGGAAAGACCUGUGCAGGGGUCUCGGAAGAGCGGAGGAUCUCUGCAUGCUACCCAUCGAGUACUCCUUCUUGCCCAUGCUCAAAGACAGACUAGCUCUCUCGCGCCAAAUCGACAACAUGGAACAUAAGGUUCAGAAGCUCUCCCACGAAGAAUCUUGGGUAUCUGCCCUGGCAAAGGAAGCUGAUCUGGACACGGAGGAAGAGAUGCGAGAUCCAGAUGCGGAUCAUUCUACAAAUUCCAAGUUGUCCAAUUUAAAGGUUCAAGAGAAAAAGAGAAAUGUGACGAGAUUGAAAGAGGAGCUCCAGGCGCUUCUGCAAAGACCUAUGGUCGUUCGGGGAGCUAGUCACAAGUACAUCACCGCUGGAUCUAAGAGUGCUGAAUUGUUGCAUAAUUUGCUGGAGCAGGACGACGAAACUCACGAACAUCCCAACAAAGCAGUCACGCAAAUGUUGGGCGUGCAGCGCAAUGCGGCGAAAGAUGAGCUGCGUCUCAGCGAGCUCAAACAGAAGAACGGCGAAUCGGGGCAAAGCGCCAUGGAGGCGUCUGAUCAGGCCGACGACGAUGCUGAGGAGCAGGAAGAGAUGCAAUCCGAACAGACGGUCACCUCGAAGGAUCGCAAACGCAAGCGAGUGGCCAAACAGGGGGCGUCGAAAUCAGCUCAGAAUAUUUGGGGAAGACCCGUAUCAAAGUCCAAAGUCAAGAGUCGUCGGGCUUGACUCGCACGCACGCCUGUCCAACGUUGAAAUGACGUUCGUGGAGGAAAGUCGUCAUGCAAGCCAGGUGUGCGAGCCAAGUGUACAAAUACAUGUGAAUACAGUGCAGAAAGCAGAACAUCGUCGCGAAAGGCAAAUGGUGCGCAAUGGAAGGAGCUGCUGAGGAGCAAAUGGCGGAAAUGAGGGUCGCCGCGAAUCAGAAGUAGGUGUCGGCUCGUCCAACUACUGCCUGACCGCCUCUCCUCUUCUUCUCUUGCGCCCACCGCUCAAACCAUCUCUUCAUCUUGGCUCGAG